AUGAAGGACGUUACUACACUCGCAGCGCAGAUCGCUACUCUCAUGGAGCAAUUUGACAAGGGUUUUAAAGAGGUGGGAAAGAGGUUUGACACGAUGGAUGAGAAGUUUGAUAAGAUCAACGAGAAGGUUGAGUCUAACGAUGCUGCUAUUAAGGCUUUCACUGCUGCACGUGAAAAAGACCAAGGUCUUCCAAAAGAGAAACCUGCAACAGACAGCUCAGCGAAGGGACCAGCUGUCAAAUUCACACCAGAUGAGCUUUUGGACGACAUGUACUUAGCGGAAUCAAAACAGGCAAGGAGACCGAAUCUCAAGCAACAGCGGCGGGAACGAGUGGUACACCAACCAAAACCGGUACCAACUUGCCUACAAUGA